AUGAAUACGAAGUCGAUUUGGUUGAACAUAUCAAUGAUCCUACGCGGUCAUUUAUGUUCAGAGCACGACAGCGUCAGUAUUAGGAGCGGUUUGAUCCAUCCUAGGGCUCAUUGGAUCCGGGAACUUGGUGUUGAACUUGAAUUCAUGACAAUGUUUGCUGAGCUUCACGGUCCUCGGUUCGCUUUCGUCGUUCGUAACGGUCUCUAUAACUGUCUACGGAACAGGUUCUCACAUGGGUUCUACCCAUUCUGUUCUAUUGGGUAUACAUCGAUCCAGCGUGACCGAUUCAUGACCGAAUAUCGAUUGGAUGCCAGCGGUUGCUAUAAUUCCAGGCUUCUUUCCUUAUUUGCGGCCUACACUGUUAUGAUAGUCUUGAAGCCCAACUCUGGCAGAGUAUCUGAUUUUGCUUUUGAUCAUACCGAUUAUUUUACCCCUUAG